CCCAUUCCCGUUCCCGGCCAUGGCCAUGGCCCGGCGCCGCGCACGGCGGAGCGGCUCCCGGCUGCAACGGGUGCUCCCGCAGUCUGGCGCUGAUUCCUACCAGUAAACCCUGCACAAUGCCUCCCAUCACAUUCCAGGACCUCCCACUGAACAUCUACAUGGUCAUUUUUGGCACCGGCAUCUUUGUCUUCGUGCUCAGCCUCAUCUUCUGCUGCUACUUCAUCAGCAAACUGCGGCACCAGGCACAGAGUGAGCGGUUUGGGUACAAAGAGGUGGUUUUGAAAGGUGAUGCCCGGAGGCUGAACGUGCACGGGCAGACCUGUGCCGUCUGCCUGGAAGAUUUUAAGGUGAAGGAGGAGCUGGGGGUGCUGCCGUGCCAGCACGCCUUCCACAGGAGGUGCCUGGUGAAGUGGCUGGAGGUCCGCUGCGUCUGCCCCAUGUGCAACAAGCCCAUGGCGGGUCCCGCACAGCCCCGCGCCGGCAUCGGCACCCUCCUGGACGAGCUGGUGUGAGCAGCUCCGCUCUUUGCCAGCCGUAUCCCUGCUGGAGCCCUCGCGGGACCGCGGCUCCUGGAGGGGCUGCAUCACCCGGCCCAGCCUCGGACGCUUCAUUUCCCGAAGGAUUCGGGAUUUGGGAGCUGGGAAUUGUAACCCGCAGGACACUGGUUUGGUUUUUGGGGGGGGGGGUGGGUUUGUAUGGGCCCCCCCACCUUUGCUGCACAGAGUAUUUUUGUACCUGAUCCCGCCGGGGUCCCCAUUGGUGGGGGGGGGGGGCACAUUUUGGUGUGAAAAGCGAUUAAAUGGGUGAUUUCUCAGCUCAUGAGUGAGCGAAAAGACACGACAACGCUGUGGGGGUUGGGGGGGGGAGAGUAAAUUGGGGAAAUCCACUUAAAACGACUCAAAGGCGCUUCCAUGUUAUUAAUUUUCCACCCUCAAAACAACCGCAGUGACGCCACCAGCGUCGCCACGGACCCUGCCGGCGCUCAGAAGGGAACUGUGCCACGUCGUAACGCCAGGGCGCACACGUCACGCAGCCGCGUGCCACUCCCUUUCAUCAUACGCUAUGAACCGGAAGGAUCGAAAAAAAUGGCCUCCGCUCCCCUCCCUACUGCCCCGCCUCUCACCCCUAGCUCAGGGCGAGAGAAGAGUCCCAAAGGUAUUUCUCCCACCCAUCGGUGUAGACCCCUUCGCACCCACUAUUUUCGCCCUCGUCAUCCUCCUUUCAC